AUGAAGAUGCUCCUGUCACUGGGGCUCCUCUUUGCUGCCCUCUCCUUAGGAAGAUGCAUCCCCCUGCAGCAGGAGCCCAACCGCAGCAAACUCCUCCUGGUGUCCUUUGACGGCUUUCGGUGGAACUACGACCAGGACGUGGACACCCCCAACCUCGACACGAUGGCUGCAGACGGGGUGAAGGCCAAGUACAUGACUCCUGCCUUCAUCACCCUCACCAGCCCGUGCCACUUCACGCUGCUGACCGGACGAUACCUGGAGAACCACGGGGUGAUCCAUAACAUGUGGUUCGACACCAAAACAGGUGUGAAACUGCCCUACUACACCACACAAGGCAUAAGCAGCUGGUGGGACAACGGCAGCCUCCCCAUCUGGAUCACUGCCCAGAGACAGGGUUUGAAGACAGGCUCUAUCCACUUCCCUGGAACAAAAGCAAAGUACCAAGGGGAAGAAGUGCACAGGAAGUUGGUGGAACCUGCAUUGUUCAACUACAGCAACGAAACGAACUGGAGGCAGAGCAUCGACACCGUCAUGGAAUGGUUCACAGUGGAGAACCUCGACUUCAUCACGCUCUACUUCGGGGAGCCAGACUCCUCAGGACACAAGUUUGGCCCUGAAUCCACACAGAGGAAGGACAUGAUCAAGCAGGUGGACAGAACCGUCGGUUACUUGAGGCAGCGCAUCCGGGAAAGCGGCCUGGAAUCAAACCUCAACCUCAUCAUCACAUCUGACCACGGCAUGGAGACCGUCAUAAAAGAAGACGAGAUUCACAUCGGGAACAUGACCAACUUCACAUUUAAAGACCUCGACUUCGAACUCUUAGAUUAUGGACCAAAUGGACUCCUGGUGCCCAAAGAAGGGAAAUUAGAGCACGUGUACUCAGUCCUGAAAAAUGCCCAUCCAAAACUGCACGUUUACAAGAAAGAAGAGUUUCCAAAGAGAUUUCACUAUGCCAACCAUUCCCGGAUCACCCCACUUCUGCUGUACAGCGAUCCAGGCUACGUGAUCCACGGGAGGUACAAGGUCCAGUUCAAUAAAGGGGAACACGGUUUCGACAAUGAGGCCAUGAACAUGAAAACCAUCUUCCGUGCCGUGGGACCAGCCUUCAAGAAGGAGCUGGUGGUGGAGCCCUUUGAAAGUGUUAAUGUCUACGCCCUCCUCUGCGAGCUGCUGGGCAUCACCCCCGAACCCCACGACGGCUCUCUGGAGGUUACCAAGCCCAUGCUGCGUUCGGAUUCUCCUCUCCAUCCCGCCAUGAAGCUGCCGCUGAUGCUGGGACUCGCUCUCGUUCUGGGAUGCUGGGGAGGAGUUUUCUAACCCCCACCAGUGCAAAUUUGUCCAGAGAACCACCAGAACAAGUAACUCCCAAUCUGAUUCCCUGGCACUUCCAGCACGGCGCGCCUCCAGCCAAUACCUACAGGCUGCAGAGACCUGAAACGAGCACCAGCAGCGCUGUGCUCUCCUGUUCUGGCAGCCCCCAAGCUCCAGGCAACUCUACCAGAACACGUGGCAAGAUGGGAAAGGACAUGGCUCACAAAGACAACCAGUCCCAGGCUCAGGGAAUUGGACAGAAUUCCCAAAACCUCUCUAAAUUACUGACCCGCGCUCCUCCGGCAUGACUGAGUCCCCGGGGGAGACGCCUCUCCCAGGCUUUGGGGUGAGGCCAGGAUGCAGCGCUGUGGAAGGCGGCACUGAGGCACAGCCUGACCCUGACACGGUCACCCCACGUUUGCAUCACCGCAGCUGCGGGAGGCAGAACAGCUCCAAGGUGGCUUUGGAGCAGAGGCAGCUGAUACAUGCUGAGUAUCUAAACUAAUUAAAACGGUGUCCAGAGUGUGCUGGGAG